AUGACUGUUGAUGUUACACUAUAUUUUGAAAAAGCACCAAACAUUACCCUAUGUGUGCAAUACUCUCAAUACACACCUGGCAAGUUGGAGAUACAGAGAAGAGAGAACCGCUGUAUCCUGAGGGUCAAGGACGCUCAGCCGGAGGAUGAGGCCGAGUUCAUGUGUGAGUGUGGUGCAGCCACCACCACCUGUAAACUCAAGGUCGAAGAGCCUGAGUGGGACUUUAUGAAGCUGUUGGAGGAUGUAGAGGGAGUGGAGCGUGACAAGGCCGUGUUUGAGUGCGACGUCAACGACCCUGAGGCCGAGGUCACAUGGUGGAAAGGAAACAAGGAGCUGAGUGGAGGUGGAAAAUAUGAGAUCCAGAAAGACAACUUCAAACGUAGACUGAUUGUCAAGAAUUGUCACAUGAAGGAUGAUGGAGAAUACACCUGUAAAGUGCUGGAUAAAUCAACCACAGCCAACCUCUUCGUGGAACCUGACAUCAAAUUCUUCAAAAAGCUGGAGAACAAAAAAGAGAGGGAGACAGGAACCUUGGUGUUGGAGUGUAAAGCAUCUAACCCACACAACCAGCCUGUCAAGUGGCUCAAAGACGGUUUGCCUAUCAACAAGGAUGACCCGAGAAUUGAGGUGACCAGGAAGGGUGAGAUGCACAAACUUGUGAUUACGAAUCUGAAUCGUGACGAUGCUGGACAGUAUACAUGUCAAGUCGGAGAAAGACCAACCAAGGCUGAUGUGGUUGUUGAAGAAUUGCCAAAACCACCAAAAGUGGAUCCAAAAUUCAUCCCAGAAGAAAUUGUUGUCAAAAAAGGAGAGUGUAUUGAAUUGGAGAUUCCUUAUGUUG